CACAGUGUCAUCCCAAAGUCCUUACAAGUACCCAUCAUUUCUCUCACCGCCUCCACUUCCUAAAACUUCCCCAAACCAAAACUCUUUUCUUUCUCUCUUUCAUAUAUUGCCACUCUUUUUUCUCACACCAUACAUUGAGAAAAUUAACAACCAAAGCGUUACUACUGAAAAAAGUACAUCAAACUGGCGAUCGACAACCAAGCAACCGCAAUCCGUGAAAUCAAGCCUAAGAACAGGCGUACCAUGGGACCUGAUGAGGAAGACAAUAGGUGGCCUCCAUGGUUGAAUCCAUUGCUAAGGGAACGAUUCUUUGUUCAAUGCAAACUACAUGCUGAUUCUCAUAAGAGUGAAUGUAAUAUGUACUGCCUUGACUGUAUCGAUGCCCCUCUUUGCUCUCUCUGUUUAGCUCAUCACAAAGACCAUCGUGUCAUUCAGAUAAGGAGGUCAUCAUACCAUGAUGUGAUAAGGGUGAAUGAGAUUCAGAAGUAUUUAGACAUUUCAUCAGUCCAAACAUACAUUAUCAACAGUGCCAAAGUUGUGUUCUUGAAUGAAAGGCCACAGCCUAGGCCAGGCAAAGGGGUGACAAAUACCUGUGAAGUUUGUGAAAGGAGUCUUCUUGACUCAUUCAAAUUCUGCUCUCUUGGUUGCAAGAUUGUUGGGACAUCAAAUAAUUUCGUGAAGAAGCCGAGGAAUUUGUCCAAGGAGAAGAGGUCACGGUCAUUGGAAUCUGAAGACUCUUACAGUAGCAGCAGCCAUGGUCAACGCUACAAGAUUCAAAGUUUCACUCCGUCAACGCCCCCUCCAACUUCUGCUAAUUACAAAACGGCCAAGCGUAGAAAGGGAAUUCCUCAUCGAGCCCCAACCGGAGGACUAUUCCUAGAAUAUUAGCAUUCGCAUCCUGAAGAGUCUUGGCGUAACUGAUAAAGUUGACGUCAUGUGAUCAGGAGGUUACGGGUUCGAGCUGUGGAAACAGCCUUUUGCAGAAAUGCAAGGUAAGGUAAGGCUGCGUACAACAGACCCUAGUGGUCCCGUCUUUCCCUAGACUCGUGCAUAGCGGAAGCUUAGUGCAUCAGACUGCCCUUUUUUUCAAUUUAGCAUUUGCAUCCCGUCCUUUAAUUUACGUAUAAAAUGCAUAAUGUCUACACAAAUACAAACUAGUUAUUAAGAAUGCAGCUCCUCCAAAUCCCCACCAAACAUUAGUGCUUUCUCCAAAAAGGCCAGUGUCUGAGAGCUCUUUCGUUCAUAAGUGUGUUAUUGUAUAUAGUUGUUAGGAUCAAAUAGGAUAUGAUGAUAAAUUAGAGCGGUGGAAGUUGAAAUAAGAAAAUGUGAAAGGACUAAUAGGGUUAAGUUAGAAGUUGGGCUUAGAAAAUAAGCUACUACUAUAGCUUGAUGAACUACUUAUUAGAUGUUUAUACAUAAAGUUCUGAUCGUCUCUUUGAGCCCUGUAUAAAUGUAAAAUGUAUAUAUAUUGGUACUAUUAUGGUUAAAAUACUUAACAAAGUGUCGACAUUUGGAAUGGA